GAAGCAGCAACGCGCCAGCAGCAACAACCGCCACAGUAGCGAGUACAGCGCGCAGCGAAGCAACAACGUGCGCAGGUAACAACAUCCGCCACAGCAGCGGGUGCAACAACGCGCGGAAGCAACACCGCGCCAUCGACAACAACAACCGCCACAGCAGCGGGUGCAACAACGCGCGGAAGCAACACCGCGCCAUCGACAAUAACAACCGCCACAGCAGCGAGUGCAACAACGCCCGACACAGCAGCGUGGACAACAGCGCAACACCAACAACAACAUGCGCAACACCAGACACAACAGCGCGCAACAGCGCACAACCCCAGCGACUACAACAACAGCAGGCCACACCCAAGCCUGCUGCAACAAGG